GGCGGCUGCAUGUGCGGGCGGGGGGCGGCGAGCGGGGCCGGGCGGGCGGCGAGCGGAGCUGGGAGCGGGGCGAGCGCAGCCCAGAGGAGCCGAGCGGAGCCGACGGGCAGCCUCGCUCUGCACUGGGAUUUAUGGAGGUGCUGAGGAGCAGCUGUGAGCCCCGCAGCCCCGGGCAGCCCAGCCAGUGAAGCAGCCCCCGGCCGCCUCUCCUCGUCUCGCCCAGCACCCCGACCCUCCGACUCAACCAUUCAAGGCUCCCGUGCAUGGAUCGCCGCAGCGAGGCGCCGCUGCCGGCCGCCGCCGCCCCGUAGGCUCCCGGCCCCCCGUGCCGCCCCCAAGUACUCCACAUACCCCGAUGGGGUAACGUGACGGGGUCCCCUCCCGCCGCCACCCCCCAUGCAGAGGCCUUUCUAGAGCGCCCGGAGCGCGCGGCACCGGAGCCGCUCGCCGGCGCACACACGCAGAGGACGCCAACACUACAGCAAAGGGAUUUUUUUUUUUUUAAUUAUUAUUAUUAUUAUUAUCAUUAAUAUUAUUUUUUUUUUCCCCCAUCUGGCUUUUUUUCCCCCUGGGGGGCUUGUGGUGUGUCAAGGAAGCCGGCGCGCUCCCAGGAAUUGGGAUUAUUUGCACAACGUCUGUAUAUUGAGUUCUCGAUCCUGUUUUAUUUUUAUUUUUGAAGCACAGAGGGGUUGUUGGGUUUUUGUUUGGUUUUUUUGGGUUUUUUUGGGUUUUUUUGUUGUUUUUUUUUUGUCCCUCCACACCACACUUUUUUGGGUUUUUCCCCUGCCACUGUCAGCAUCACCUCACCUUCCCACUGUUCUCACCAUGGCCCGGAUGAACCGCCCUGCGCCCGUGGAGGUCUGCUACAAAAACAUGAGGUUCCUCAUCACCCACAACCCCACCAAUGCCACACUCAGCACCUUCUUGGAGGACCUGAAGAAAUACGGUGCCACCACAGUCGUGCGAGUGUGUGAAGUGACCUAUGACAAGACCCCCCUGGAGAAGGACGGCAUCACUGUCAUGGAUUGGCCAUUUGAUGAUGGAGCACCUCCUCCCAGCAAGAUUGUGGAAGACUGGCUCAACUUGUUGAAGACCAAGUUCUGCGAGGACCCUGGUUGCUGCGUGGCCGUGCACUGCGUGGCCGGCCUGGGGCGUGCUCCCGUCCUUGUCGCGCUGGCCUUGAUCGAGAGUGGGAUGAAGUAUGAAGAUGCCAUCCAGUUCAUCCGACAGAAGCGCAGAGGAGCCAUCAACAGCAAGCAGCUGACGUACUUGGAAAAAUACCGACCAAAGCAGAGACUCCGAUUUAAGGACCCUCAUAACCACAAGAACAAAUGCUGCAUCAUGUAACCUCAAUGACCUCUUGCCAAAAUCCGUGCACAGACCCCAGGCACUCGCACACAUCCCCCCUCACCUCCUCGCCCAGCCCUGCGCUCCCCUCUGCCGGAGCAUCUCCAGUGUGUCCAGCACUCACAGCACACUCGUCUUGCUGGAUCCCCAAAAAAGGCUGCUGUCUCCAGCUGCAGCCCCGAGGAGGGAAGGCAGCACUGCCCUUUGACUCUUGGUGUUAGCAGGCAGUGAGCUCCUGUGACCGUUCUAAAUCACCAUCCUCCUCCCUCCUUUCCCCCUCCCUGUUACAUUGAGAGGGGUGGGCAAAGGGUGCUUGGUUUGGGGUGAUGCAGGCAGGGCUGUGCCAGCUCAGAAGGGAUGGGGUGCAGAAGGGCACCCCCAGAAAAACCUUUCCCCACCUCUUCCCCAUAAAUAAGGGCUGCAGCAGCAGGGGUGGAGGUGGGAAUGGCACAGUGGCCUCGGGAGGGAAGGUGGUGAUAGCAGGGAGGGGUGACAGGGGCCCUUAGCUCAGUGACCCUUGUGACCAGGGGAAGGGCUGAGCUAAGGCCCUCAGCACCAUUCCCUCUCUCCUGGCCCCUCUGGUAGCUCACCACCUCUCUGUUGCCUCAAUGCCAGCCAGGAUGCUGCAGAUGGGGCUCGCUGGGGACGUGCUCCAGUUGAAGGCAGAGCUGCUUGGAACCUCGGGGACCACGGCAGGGCUUGGAGGCACUCAGCUUUGCUGGGAUGCUGCAUUAGCACUGGGUCCCCCAAAUUAUGGGGUGCUCUUAUUUAUAGCUUCCAAAUUCAGUGCCCAGAGUGGUGGGUUCUCUGCUGUUGUGUCCCCAUCCCUGACCUGUGGCACAAACCCCAUUUCUGGCUGCAGUGCCCUGGGGACACAUGAUGCCUCUCAAGGCACAUCCAUGUCCUCCACCACCACUGCAUUUGCUGGUUGAGGGGCUGGGCUGCAGCUUUCCUAGGGGACUUUGGGUGUUCCUGGCAAGAGCACAUCACCUAAUUUUGCACCUGCCUUGUCCAUAUCUGUACUGAGGCACCUGGCACCCCCAGCACACACCCAGCUGGGGUGGGCUCAGAGCUGCCCUGAGCUGGGACAUGAAACAUCUCUCAACUUUCUGCCUUUGAACGCUUGCAGCAGCUGGAGCAGUGGGCACGUAGCGGGUGUGGGGAUGGUUUUUUUUCUUUUAAUGAGGAUAAAAAGAAAUUUGCUAAUUAAAGGAAAAAAAAAAUCUUAAAAAAAUA